AUGGAGCUGGCACGUGAUGUGGAUGCCGAGGCGUUGUGUCGCCGCAUCAAAUUCACGCUGGGGGAGCUAGGGUCUGCCAAGGUCCUUACUGAGAUGGCGGAGGUGCUGCUCAAGAACGUGGAUAACCUCACCGAAGCGGACACCAUUCGGGAAGCACUGAGGGCGGCACUCACCAGGGAGCCAACGGUGGCCUCGUUGCGGAUGUGGGAGAGGGCCGACGCAACCAAACGGGCUCGUGUACGCUUACCGCGAGUCGAGGCAGAAGCCAUUCUGAGCAAGAAGCGUUUGCUCAUUGACUACGCGUCUUGCCAGCUGGAGAAGGCCCCCAUGUUGGAAGCGGCAAAGCGCCGUUGCUUCCGGUGCCUGGAGAGGGGGCAUAUGGCGGCGAACUGCGUCAGCAAAGGCGGAACUAGCGGCAAUAGAAUACCGCGCCCAAUGACGCGCCGGUAUAUUGCCGCCAUCGCGUUCGGGUCGAAUGCGCUGUCGAAACCAAAGGAGGAGUAA